CCUCUCUCGCUCUGUAGUCUGUACAUUCUUUACAGCUUCUGGAGAUUGAAGAGGUGAAAUUAAAUCUUUUUCGACUUCAUUUUCGGGCCACAGAUCUGUAUAAUCAAUCAAGUAAGCUCCCCAGAUUGUUCUCUUCCAUUCUUCGAAGCAAAUUUUGUUUUUAGUUUCUUUUUUUCCUGUGAAUUCUAAUUAUCUUGCGAUGAAUUUUAUUUUGUGUCUCAUCUAGUUCUCUCCGAUACUGGGAGUAUCUAAUAAUGGGGCUAUCGUCCACCACUACUGGUGGUGAAGGAAUUCAAUUUUGUAUAUUUGAUCUAAGAAGGGGACAGCAUGAAGGACAAGAGCUUGACAAGAUUUUGUUCUUCUUUCCUGCUGAUUUGCCUUUCUCCACGCAACUUUCUGUAAUUGGGCUUAGCGAAGGACUCAUCACCUUUACAAGAAUUUUCUCUCCUGAAGCUGCCUGUGAGGUCAUUGAAGCAGAGAGGCACUCCCAUGUUUUCUAUCAGGCAGAGCCAGAUAUUUGGAUGGUGAUGAUUGUGGAGAAAAAUAAGGAGACAGAAGCCAUUUGGCGGAUUGAUGCGUUACAACAAGUUCUUAAAGAAGUACAUUCUCUUUUUAUGAUGUUUCAUGGAUCCAUACGAUCUUUACUUGAAAAAGAACCUGGUGGCGGACUUGCUCGUUCUCAUUUGUAUUUUUUUGUCAUGGAUUAUUUGACUGAUUUUCUUGCUGGGAAAAAACUUCAGUUACCCUCUUUUCGUGAUUGUUUAAAGGAACGUGGAACUGUUCAGAUGUUGACUGUGGGGAGGGAGGCUGCAAUUGAAGUUCAGUCACUUGUUAGGGUAGUGGAAUCUGCAUGUGCUGGGAAUACUGCUUGCAGCUCUCUGGUCAUGUUUCAAGACCUGCUGGUGUCCACGACACUUUCUCCUGAUGACACGGUAAACCUUUUCACUUAUGCCAUUCUAAGGCUGACACCACUUGCACUAUCCUCUGGAAGUAAUUCAUGGUCCUAUUUGCGCAAGGGAAGCACUGCCUCUCUCAUUACCACAGGCUCUAUCUCUGCAAACUUGGGAUCUGUUAUAGAACAAAUACACACCUCACGUGAUACUUCCCCUGGUAGGCAAGGUCAAAGACAUCAUGUUCCGAGGCCCUUGCAACGUGACAAGUGGUCCAAAGGGAAGGAUGGUUUCCUUGUUUUUGAGACAUCAGGUGCAGAAGUUGGUGGUUUAAAUUCUUCAACUCCAACAGUGUGGCUCCGGCGGUCGGAUGAAAGAAUGUAUCUUUGUGUUUUCCAGCAGAGGAACCUCACCAUAAUCCUUCUCAUUCCUGUUAGCUCUAUGAUUAAUGCAGAGCAGGGGAUUUCCAUGGUGAAGCGACAAAUUCUUGAAAAUGCAUCACUUAAGAUCUUGAAAGUUGAUGAAAAACUCUCAAGAGGAUGGGGUGGUGAGAAUGCUUAUCACGUCCGUGGAUAUCGCUACUUAUUGUUUGAUGGUGACCGAAACAUAUCAAGGGCCUCUCCACCAGGAAAAGUUACUACUCUAUCAAAGGACUCUCUCCUUUCCCUUAAUAGGUUGAGAGAAGAAGUUGAUAUAGAGAAGAGUAGAGCAAGACAUGACGACCCUAGUCAUGAGAAAGAUUUAGAAGUAUGCAUUAGAGCGAAAAACAAUGCAUGGGUUAUUGCAAGGGUUACAAGGGGGAAAGAACUUUAUAUGGUCUUAGAAAAGGCCGAUGAAACACUUCUUUAUGCCUCCGAUGCAGUUGAGAAGUUCAGCAACAAGUAUUGCAAUGGAGCUUUUUCUUUGGAUUAGGUCAAAGUCACUAGUUCUGAUAUCUACACAUAGUGAGACAGCAAGAGAUACAUGUUUUACAUGCUGGGAGAAGUACUAAUACUUGGUACUGUUCCCUGGAACAGAAGGUUUACCUGUACUGCCCAUUUUUUGUAAAAGAAGAAAAGAAAAAUGUAAUAGAUGGAAAUGUAAUAUUUUGUUCUACAAUGGGCUAAAGAAAUUUUUUGUGG